AUGCAGACACUCACUGCAGUGACAUUGGUGUGGUUUGAAGCCUCUGGUCUCUGCUACACCAGCAACGCUGGGGCAGUCCUCACUGGGACUCUUCCUGGACAUUCUACUGCUGCCCUGUGUUAUCCUCUGCCGUUCUGCAUCCUCAGGAUACCCACCUCCGUGCUGCGGAAGAUCACAGACGGGAUGGAUAUUGGUGUGGACCAAUACAUAAGCCUGAUUCUGGGCCUGAUUAGUUGCAGGGUUUGUCAGCCAGUCAGCUUUCCGCUGUAUUCAAGGCCAGGGCAGCUCAUAGCUCUUCUCCAAGGAAGAGGACGACGCGACAGUGGCCAUUUCCUGCUCAAAAUCCAGGGCAACGUCCCCAUCAGCAAUGAGCGGUUCCGGUGUCCAGAGGCUCUCUUCCAGCAUUCCUUCCUGGGCAUGGAGUCCUGUGGCAUCCACGAGACCACCUUCAACUCCAUCAUGAAGUGUGGCGUGGACAUCCACAAGGAUCUGUAUGCCAACACAGUGUUGUCCGGUGGUACCACCAUGUACCCAGGCAUUGCCGACAGGAUGCAGAAGGAGAUCACAGCCCUAGCGCCCAGCACGAUGAAGAUCAAGAUCAUCGCUCCCCCUGAGCGCAAGUACUCGGUCUGGAUCGGCGGCUCCAUCCUGGCCUCACUGUCCACCUUCCAGCAGAUGUGGAUCAGCAAGCAGGAGUCCGACGAGUCGGGCCCCUCCAUCGUCCACCGCAAAUGCUUCUAGAUGGACUGAGCAGGUGCCAGGCAUCUGCUGCAUGAGCUGAUUCUGAAGUAUCAAUUUGCCCUGGCAAAUGUACAC